GAUUCUCCUUUUCAAAUAUAUCCACCUCGUUCACAAGUGUUAGAUUCUGUAAACAAACGAAACUUGUGUGGACCAAUAAAGUUUUUAAAAAGAAAUUGUUUUAAAUCAUUAUCUUUAAAAACUGCUUUAAAUGUUCGUAUGCGAACAAUAAGUGUUUCUCCAUUGGACAACUCUUUGAUGAUUUCUAUUGAGGUUGAAAACAAUAACGCGGAAACAACCGUUUCAUUUGCUGUGGAUUCGAUUAAAAUAGAUGUCCCUCAUAGUUUUGUAACAAGAUACGAAUAUACACAAGAUAAAAAUGUG